GCUGUAGACUACUGGAUCAGCCACAUCGGUAGCUUGCUACAUAAAACCGAAUAAUUGGAGCUACUUUGACUAUUUUGUGUAUAUUAAUAGGUGUUUUAGACACAAUUAUGUGUACGUAUAUAGGAGUUAACUUAACGUACUUGUUCAAUUUAUUAAUUUGUUCAGAUUGAUUUGAUUCUGAGGUUAGCACUAGGCUAGUCGCUAAUGCUACCUAGCUAGCUAACGUCCCUUACCAUGAGCUCACUAAACUACUCGCCCCUUGCUAAAGAAGAGGAUGUCUACUGGACGGAGAAAGGAGCUCUGGAGCUGAAUGUUGUCGUAAAAGAAGAAGAAGCUUUCAGAAUAAAACAGGAGGGAAUCACACCGACAGAAGAACAGGAGGAUGUUAAAGUGAAAAAAGUGAAAAAUAUUUUUGGAGUGAAAGAGGAAGAGGGGAUAGAGGCUGUCACGGUGGUAGAGGAGGAGGUAGAAGCUUUCAGAAUCAAAAAGGAGGAAGAGGAGUCUGUUAUAGUGAAAGAAGAGAAAUAUAUUUUUGUAGUGAAAGAGGCAGAUGUAGAAGCUUUAAGAAUAAAAAAGGAGGAAGAGGAGGAUGUUAUUGUGAAAAAAAAGAAAGAUAUUUUUGGAGUGGAAGAGGGGAUAGAGGCUGUCACAGUAAAAGAGGAAGAGGGGAUAGAGGCUGUCACAGUGGAAGAGGAAGAGGGGAUAGCGGCUGUCACAGUAAAAGAGGAAGAGGGGAUAGAGGCUGUCACAGUGGAAGAGGAAGAGGGGAUAGAGGCUGUCACAGUGGAAGAGGAAGAGGGGAUAGAGGCUGUCACAGUGGAAGAGGAAGAGGGGAUAGAGGCUGUCACAGUAAAAGAGGAAGAGGGGAUAGAGGCUGUCACAGUGGAAGAGGAAGAGGGGAUAGAGGCUGUCACAGAGGAAGAGGGAGAGGUAGAAGCUUUCAGAAUUAAACAGGAGGAAGAGGAGGAUGUUAUAGGGAAAGAAGUAGAAGAACCUUUUAGAGAGGAAGAGGACGAUGUUUUGGGAGUGAAAGAGGAGGAAGGAGAUGAAAAGGAGACUGAAGAUCUGAUUAACACCAAAGAGAGACCCGACUCAGAGGAACCAGAGACGUCUGAACCAGUGAGACGACACCACUGUUCCCAGUGUGAAAAGAGUUUUAACCAUUUAGGGAAUCUUAAAAACCACAAGAGAACACACGCAGAGAAGAAGUCUUACAACUGCUCUCAGUGUGGAAUGAGUUUUACCCGGUUAGGGAACCUGAAAUCACACGAGAGAAUACACACAGGAGAGAAGCCUUACCACUGCUUCCAGUGUGGAAAGAGAUUUAUCGAGCCAGCACAACUGAAAGUUCAUUGGAGAAAACACACAGGGGAAAAGCCAUUCCAAUGCUCUCAGUGUGGAAAUACAUUUUCCCGAUCAGGGGACCUGAAAUCACACGAGAGAAUACACACAGGGGAAAAGCCGUACCACUGUUCCCAUUGUGAAAAGAGUUUCAGUUGGUCAGGGCAACUGAAAGAGCAUAAGAGAAUACACACCGGUGAAAAGCCAUUCCAAUGCUCGCAGUGUGGAAAGAGUUUUACUCGGAUUGGGAACCUGAGAACACAUGAGAGAAUACACACAGGAGAGAAGCCUUUCAAAUGCUCUCAGUGUGGAAAGAGUUUUACCCAAUUAAGGAGCCUGAAAAGUCAUGAGAGGGCACACACAGGGGAGAAGCCUUUCCAAUGAUCUCAGUGUGGAAAGAGUUUUACCCAAUUAAUGGUCCUGAAAGAGCAUGAGAGAAUACAUACUCCUUAUGUCACUACUCAUUGUGGAAAUACAUGUUCUGGCUUAUGGUUUUGACUGAGAAUUUGUGUUUUUGUCAUGAAAUCUAAUUGUAUAUAUUUUAUCAUACUCACAAAUAGGUCUACAUUUGUUUUUUUAUUUUUGAGAUUCUUCAAAGUAUCCACCCUUUGCCUUGAUGACAGCUUUGCACACUCUUGGCAUUCUCUCAACCAGCUUCAUGACGUAAUCACCUGGAAUGCAUUUUGAUUACAGGUGUGCCUUGUUAAGUUAAUUUGUGGAAUUUCUUUCCUUCUUAAUGCGUUUGAGCCAAUCAGUAGUGUUGUGACACGGUAGGGGUGGUAUACAGAAGAUAUGGUAUAUUGGGUAAAAGACAAAGUCCAUAUUAUGUCAAGAACAGCUCAAAUAAGCAAAGAGAAACAACAGUCCAUCAUUACUUUAAGACAUGAAGGUCAAUCAGGAAAAUUAAGAACUUUGAAAGAUUCUUCAGGUACAGUCGCAAAAAACAUCAGGCGCUAUGAGGAAACUGGCUCUCAUGAGAACUGCCACAGGAAGACGCAGAGUUACCACAGCUGCAGAGGAUAAAUUCAUUAGAGUUAACUGCACCUCAGAUUGCAGCCCAAAUACAGAGUUACCCAAGUAUGUGUCACAGCAUCAUCGGACUGAGCUUGUUGUCAUUGCAGGCAAUCUCAAUGCUGUGUGUUACAGGGAAGACAUCCUCCUCCCUCAUGCGGUACCCUUCCUGCAGGCUCAUCCUGACAUGACCCUCCAGCAUGACAAUGCCACCAAUCAUACUGCUCGUUCUGUGCGUGAUUUCCUGCAAGACAGGAAUAUCAGUGUUCUGCCAUGGCCAGCAAAGAGCCCAGAUCUCAAUCCCAUUGAGCACGUCUGGGACCUGUUGGAUCGAAGGGUGAUGGCUAGGGCCAUUCCCCCCAGAAAUGUCCGGGAACUUGCAGGUGCCUUGGUGGAAGAGUGGGGUAACAUCUCACAGCAAAAACUGGCAAAUCUGGUGCAGUCCAUGAGGAGGAGAUGCACUGCAGUACUUAAUGCAGCUGGUGGCCACAGCAGAUACUGACUGUUACUUUUGAUUUUGACCCCCCAUUUGUUCAGGGACACAUUAUUCCAUUUCUGUUAGUCACACGUCUGUGGAACUUGUUCAGUUUAUGUCUCGGUUGUUAAAUCUGGUUAUGUUCAUACAAAUAUUUACUUUAGUUAAGUUUGCUGAAAAUAAACGCAGUUGACAGUGA